AUGUUCUUCAACACCUGCAAAGUCGGCCUCGCCAUUGCUCUGAGUGCUCUCCUCUCUUGCAUCGCUACAGCAGCUCCUACACACCCAUACAAUGCCGAUGGUACGGUCUCUUGUCAUGCACGCGGCACUCCCGCCAAGCUUCAAUGGGUGGACCAAGCCGCCAAGAAAUCCGGCUUCCUAGGUCUCAACAACAAAGGCCAAUUCGAGCUUCGUCUCACCCUCUCAGACAAUCCCGCCUAUCCUCAAUUCAGCAUCUGCGACUCGACCUACAUCGGUUCCAGACAACGAGGAGGGCUCUACACUGGUCAUCUUCAGCUACUGGGGAAAUGCAUUGCGGUUCGUCAAGGGGGACUGCACUUGGAUCCUUGCCCUAUGAGAGAUGAUGAGAGUCAGACGGCAGCGACCUUUGGGCUUAUGAAAGCGACGAAUCAGAUCUCGGCGGCGGGGGGUGAAUUUGCUAUUCGGGGACACAAGGGGAUUCAGCUCUUCCUUGCGUGA